AUGGCCGACCUUCCUGAAGAAGAGAAUACCAAGCUCGAUGGUAAUGAGGUGUCCGAGGCCUCAGCAGCCGCCUUCAAAGCAAGCCUAGAAAGAUUCAAACACAGCAGUGGCAAUGCUGGAGAAACCACUCCCACCGUCCCAUCACCCAUACGGAGAAGCACUCGAAAACGACAACUGCGCUCCACAGAGGAUCCCACCACCACACCCCCAACCAAACGCAAAAGGAAAUCCUCCUCAAAAUACGCUCCGCCCACAACUUACGCCCACCUCUCGCCCCUCGUAGACGUCCUCGCCCCAAACCUCAUCACAAUCUUCGUAGGCUUCAAUCCAGGCAUCAAAACCGCGACAUCCGGCCACGCCUACGCGCACCCUUCGAAUCUCUUCUGGAAACUCCUGCACAGCUCCGGCUGCACAGACGAACGCCUCAAGCCGGAACAAGAUGUUGACUUACCGCAGUUGUACAGCAUGGGUAAUACGAACAUCGUGUCGAGACCGAGCAAGGAUGCAGGGGAAUUGAGUAAAAGUGAGAUGGCGGCGGGGACGCCUAUCCUGGAAUCGAAAGUUCGGGAGUUCAAGCCGGAGAGUGUGUGUCUUGUGGGCAAGGGGAUUUGGGAGGCGAUUUGGCGGUGGAGGUAUGGCAGGCCGAUCAAGAAGGACGAGUUUCGGUACGGAUGGCAGGACGAGGGAGAGAGGAUGGGGAAUGGGGAUGGGUGGGAGGGAGCCUGGGUUUUUGUGGCGACUGCUACUAGUGGGCUUGCUGCUGGACUGAGGCCGCAUGAGAAGGAGGCGAUUUGGAGGCCGUUUGGAGAGUGGGUCAGUCAGAGGAGGAGGGAGAGGAGGGAGGCUGAGGGGGUGAAAGGAGAUGAGGAGGAGGAGUGA